AUGCGUCACUUAGUGUCAAUCAAAGAUCUAUCCAACGAGGAGUUUUCUGUUCUUGUAGACAGAGCCGAACACUACAAAAAAGUUUUCAAGGCCGGAAACUUGACUGAGACUCAGAAAAACCAUGUCAAAUUGCUUGGUAAGACGGUGGCAUUAGUGUUUUCGAAAAGAUCCACCAGGACCAGAAUCUCAACGGAGGGCGCUGCUGCGUUCUUCGGGGCCCAGCCUAUGUUCCUAGGUAAAGAGGAUAUCCAGUUAGGUGUCAACGAAAGCUUUCACGACACCACUAAAGUCAUAUCGUCCAUGGUAUCAUGUAUAUUUGCGCGUGUGAACAAACAUUCUGAAAUUCAGCAGCUGGCAGAGCACUCGCAAGUUCCAAUCAUAAACUCGCUUUGCGACAAGUUUCACCCUCUGCAGGCAGUAUGUGACGUUUUGACCAUCAAGGAGCAUCUCGACUACACCAAAAACAAACUGAAGAUCGCCUGGAUCGGUGACGCCAACAACGUCAUCAACGACAUGGCCAUAGCAUGUUUGAAGAUGGGCAUGGACGUCUGCAUCUCUACGCCGCCCGGCAUCGAAAUGGAUCCCGAAAUCAUAAAUGCAGGCCUGGAAGUAUCCAAGGGAAACGGCACCAAACUCGAAUGCACUCACAACUCAGAAGAGGCUGCCACGAACGCCGAUGUUCUGGUCACUGACACAUUCAUUUCCAUGGGUGAGGAAUACGCCAAAGUGGCCAAACUCAAACAGUUCAAAGGUUUCCAAAUCAACUCUGAGCUAUCUUCUCUCGCAAAGCCCAACUACAAAUUCAUGCACUGUCUCCCAAGACACCACGAAGAAGUCACAGACGAUAUAUUCUACGGUGACCACUCUAUAGUUUUCCAGGAGGCCGAGAACAGACUUUAUGCUGCUAUGGCGGUCAUUGACGUGUUCGUGAUUAACAAGGGCGACUUCAGCGCUGGACCCGAUUCAGUUCUGAAUUGA